AUGCCGUGUGAGAUUAUUGUGCGGUUCGCGCGGCUUAAAGAUCUGCAAAAAAGACGUGAACUCGUACAAAACAGCUAUUCUAUUAACUUUUGGGAUGCAUUUUUGUUUUUCUUCUUUCAAGAGUUAACAUUGGAGUUAUGCGUGCUGGGAGCGGCGGUGCUAUUUAUAUUCUGCGGCGUGUCUGCUGCUGCCUGCGCCGCUCUGCUGCCAGCUGCAGCCGCAGUCGUUGCGGCUGCGGUCCUGCUCUACCGCUACGCUCUGGCGCUCAAACAUGCACAGAAUGUAUCUAGAGAAUUGUAUGGCCUUGUAGCAGAGGCCCAUGGCUCUUUGCUGCCUCCAGGAAACAACUCUCUGUCAACCAGGAUACAUUUAACUGAAAAUGAAGAUAAAUCCUCUCUCUCUGCUUACCAUGGACAUAUAGUGGGCACUGUGAGUGUUUUAGACUUCCAAGGAGCAUCAGCUAGCGGGUGGGUAGAAGGACUGUCAGUGAUAAGUGAAUGGCGGAGGCACGGUGUCGGUACAGCUUUGACAGGAGCAGCGCGACGAGCGGCGGCAGUUCGUGGUUUGCAAUCACUUGAGUGUGCUUUGUCACACUUACAGCCUUCUGCUCGACGCUUGCUGCAUUCUGCUGGAUGGGAAUGCCGGGGCUCAUAUGAGCGUCGCCUUGCAGGUGCUGCACUUACCCUGCCAGUGCUACGCCUAGGCACUGAUUUGCCCCUUGCUUGA